UUGAGAUAUCGAAAUUACGACUUAACGUCCAUGGAUCCGUUCUGGAGUUGCGCGUAUCUUUGUCCGAUGCCUGCCGCGCAUGCUGAGGAUGCAAGGUGUUAAAGAGCAAAGGCUGUGCAAUAGUCCCGUUUUGCGCAAGUUCCAGAAAAAAGGCUUUUGUUUCCAUCGCAUAAUUGUCACACUCACACUUAUAUUCUAGUGUCCGUCUCCAAGUUUCCAUUGUCAAUAUGCCUAUUCGUUCGAUCUCGAGGGAAGUAGUCGAUACCAUUCUCGAGGCACUUGACUCGAAUAUAGAUCGUGAAUCUAUACGAGCACUCUCACGGGUUUCGAGAUCCUUUCGUCCGCACUGCCUACGAAUUCUCUUUUCCAUACUUUCUUUUCAUCCGCCGAGUUCACCCCACUCCCCGAACGCAUGUCGAGCCUUCCACAAUCUCGUCGAAUCGACACCUCAUAUUCCACCACUUGUACGGACGCUCAAUAUAUGUGAGGGUCUCUGGGAUCAUUUGUGGAUCCCCACGGAGCCGACAUUUCCAGGCGUGAUGCGGGCCCUUGUUAAUGUUACAGACAUUAGCAUGGUCUUCGUCAUAUUUUCCUCUCUUCCAGAUACCAGUCGCUCAGCCAUUACGAGCAAGAAGUUUACCAGAAUUCAUUUGGAUUCUGUACGCUUCGGGUCCGAUGACGAGUUUCGGGCGCUGCUGAGGUAUUCUUCAGAUUCGUUGGAAGUCUUGGAUUUAGGGAAUAUUACCUUUGAAUCCAGUACGCGGUCAUCGGAUGGGUCAACUAGGGAUCAGCCUGCUGAAGAGUGUCGUUUGAGCAUGUUGAUGCUUGACGUACAGUCCGAGGGUGACGCUGAGGUGCUGAAUAUAUUGUUUGGUUCUCGUCCCCCCAUUCGAAUGGAUAUGGUCGAAAGACUCUGGCUGAAUGAAGUUUGCGUCUCUUCGGAUGCAGUAGUGGAGGGGUUGGAUAAACUUUGGAACUGCUUGGUCAUAUCUGACGGCGGUAUGCUUGGAUCGAUUUCGGUUGGGGAUUGUCACGGUCUCGAGGAAGCCUUGAGAUCCGUGCCCCUCAACGGCGUAUCUGAGAUUUCAUUCCUUGUAACUACAACUGGAUCCGCCAGGUUUUCACCAUCACUACAGUGGUGGUCAAACAAUUUCAGCCGCGCCGCUGUAGCCUCAGAAGGCUGGGAACCAGUUGAGAUCUCCAUCACCCUUCAGUUGGAGACAGGUUCUAGCGUGCCAUUAGCUUCGUUGUUCGACAACGAGUCUAUUGACGCGUGGGCACACAUCGACUCGUCUCUUUGUGGAGUGGGCGUGACUGGCACUCCUGCGGUAGAAGUCAGGAUCGCUCUUGAUGCGGACCAUGAAAAUAUGUCCGACUUCCUUUUCAUGCAGUCUUGGGUACGAAGGCAGCUGCCGAUGUUACAUCAUGGCCGGUCUUUGCAGGUACGGGAGGCCUCGGGGAAUUUAUGAAUAUACGGUACUUAUAGACACACGGUAAAUGGGUUUGUGUCAUACGUACUUUAUCAAAUACUCUACUCUCCUUAACUUUAAUAAGGUGCUGAUCAAACAGACACACCAGGGACCAUAAAGUCGCCAUAUUUGGAUCUCUUACUCGUUGGGUGACUCGCGUCCAAUGUAAUACGUUCCCCCCACUGAAUCUGCUAUCAUUCCUUAGAUAAUCUGCUGGCUACUUAGGAUUUAUUGAUCUGGUGUCAAAAUUCGCGCUAGCGAGUUGAGCGUAACUUCGGCCGAAGGGAUGAAUAAGACCCGACGGUUAGACCAUUUCAAAUCUAGGACUCUCGGAAGUCGGGCCGAUACAUAAAUGUCUGAUUAUAU